AUGGUUCGUUUUGACGACCCAAGUCCUUCAGAGAACCCGGAUGGUCUACCAAAGGUCAGUCCUUUGGCCAGGCGCAUCCAUGGUUGGUCGUGGCAAGCAUUCCCAAUAGGGAUGGGUACCGGUGCGGUCUAUGUCACCCUCUCAGGCAUCAAAACUCGGUCUUCGAUAUUGACCACGGUCGAAACGGUCUUCUACGUCCUGAAUAUGAUAUUGUUUGUUCUCAACACCACGACGUUGCUCUUGCAAGCAAUAUUGUAUCCCAAGCAGGCUGGGCGACUGCUCAACGAUCCCGUCAAGGGUGUAUUUGUUCCUCUCGUUGUAUUGUCGUUUGCGACUAUCAUCAUCGGCACCAUCAACUACACGGUCCCUUCAGGGCAUAGUAGUCCAGAUUUCAUUUACGUCCUCUUCUGGGUGUAUACUGGAUUCGCUGUCCUUCUGUGCUUCCCUAUGCUGAUGAUAUGGUUCAACAAACCUCAUGAUCUAUCGCAUUUCACGCCAGCAUACGCGUUCUUGGUUUUUCCACUGAUGUUAGUUGGCGUAGUGUCCUUCAACGUACUCCGAGUCUUGGAGCAUGACGACCCGAGGUCAGUCGGGGUUCUCCUAUGCGGCUACUUCUUCCAAGGGCUGGGUUUCUUUAUGACCUUCAUCUACAUCUGUAUAUAUUUCAUCCGGAUUAUGAGCACUGGAUUCCUCGAGGGUCAUCAAGCAAACGGCGCAUUUGUUACCUGCGGUCCGCCAGGUUUCACCGCGCUUGCACUUAUCCAACUCGGUCAGCGUGCAAGGGAAAUCCUGCCAGCACAUAACCUAGUCUCGCCUGCUGCCGGAGAGAUCUGGUACGCAACAAGCGUCAUGUGUGCACUGUUACUCUUUGGGCUCGCAGUCUUCCUGUUCCUGUUCAGUGCCCUCCCGUACUGGUUCAAACUCCACAAGCAUCUGAACGAAAUCCUCGGAUGUUGGGCAUUGACAUUCCCCAAUGUCGGGUGGAUCUCUACGCUCGCCCUUCUUGGAAAUAUCUUUGAGAUCAAGGCGUUCUACUACUUGCACCUCAUGAUGACCACCAUCAUGGUCAUCACCUGGACUGUGCUCUUCACCCUGACAUUGGUCGCUUUCUGGAAGGGCCUUAUCUUCCGCUCGAAAGACGAAGACGUCAUCAAGGAUUCCAUCACCAUAUCCUUCUCACGCAGAAGUAGUAUGAGCGAUGUAGAGGCAGAAAAGCACGAAAAAAGAACGCGUUCUUCUGGCGAGGUGGUAUAA